AAUUACAGACUCAAAAUGAACAUUUAAGGAGAGAAUUGUCAGAAUAUCCAGAAAAUCGUAACAGAAACAUGAAUGAUUACUUAUCUUCAAGUGUUAGUCAAUUAACAACUGAUGUUAUUAAUUUAAAAGCUAAGCUGAAAGAGAUGCAAAAGUUGAAAAAUUCUGUGGAUGAAAGUUAUAAAGAUGCUAUUCGAGAAUAUCAUUUAAUAGUAAUGGAACAAUUUACUGAAUUAAAACAACAGUUACACGAAGCUCGAAUAAAAAAUGAAGCAUUGGAUCAUAGUGUAGCUGUAAUAGCUAAAAAAUUGGAACAAAUCAACCAUGGUAAGGAAGAUAAAUUACAGGCAAUCGUAAUUGAGCAAUAUACAAUAAUGAAGGAAGAAUUAAACAAAAUGAGGAAUGAAAUGGAUUAUGAAACUCAAAAAAAAAAUCAGGAUUUGACAUCUCAAGUUUUUGCUUUAAAGAAAGCCAUUUCAAAACUCGAAAAAUCAAAAGAAAAACUUGAGAAUGAUUAUGAAAAAAAAUUGUCAUAUAUAAUUAAGAACAAAGAUAUGGAAAUAAAAACAUUACAUUUGCGACUGCAAAAACAAAAAAAUGAAUUAUGUACAUCUCUGAAUAUAAAAAAACAAAAUGAAAUGGAUAAUAUUGUUUCUGCAUUAGAAAAACAGUAUAGAACGCUGUUAACAGAAACAGAAACAAUUUCUGAAAAUAAAACUCAGGAAUAUCUUAUGAAAAUAGCUAUUCUUGAAGAUCAAAUAUUAAAUAUGAAGAAAUUUAACUCGAGUUUAUAGAAUAGUGAAUCGCGUAGUUUAUAGUAUUACAAUUAUACCAAUUGUAUAUUAUGUUUCUUCUUAAUAAAAGAUAUAAAAAUAUGUAUUUAUAAGCAUAUUUCAAACAA